UUUUUCUUGCAUCCUGAAAUACAUAAAACUGUCUGUUCAUUGUGGGCCAUGCUGAUCCUUUCAGCAUUUUUUUAAAAGUACAUAAUUUUUAUACAGUCUAUCGUGAUCAUGAAAAACUUCAUGACGACAGAAGAUAACAGUGCUAAAGACGCUAUCAUAACUUCGAUGUAUUCCAUACCAAAAGACUACUAUAUGACCACAGACAGACCAACAUUGGAUAGGGAUAUGCCUGUAAUAGUCAGCGCAAGAUCACUUUUUCCUGACACAGAAAGGAUGGAAAAUUUACCCAGAACACGUAGCUUAAUUUAUUUUCCAACAACAAGGGAAAAAUGUUCAUGUAGCGAAUGUCUACGCCAUCCAGCAUAUACACCAGACUUGUACUACCCCACGAGACGUGUUGAGUAUUACACCGAUAGUCCUCCUCACAGAAGUACAUCUCCUGACAGUCGACUAUCAACUUCCUCUCCAGACUGCAACUCAAGUUUAGAAGGAUCUCUUGACUCCUUAACGUGUGUGUUUUGUACGGCUAGGUUUUCUGAUAAAGUUGAAUUAGAGAACCACAAAUUAAUCCACGUUAAUGGAAAGUCAUACAAGUGUCAUUUGUGCGAUCGAAGUUUCACUUGGUUUGGUAAUUUUCAAAAACAUAUGUUGAAUCACGGUGAAAAUGAGGGCAAGCUUCACCCUUAUUUUUCCGCCAUUGACGUCAAUGAAGAGGACCUGCUUAUUCGUGAAGGCAACAACAUCUUCAGAUGUGGAAUGUGCUACAAAACCUUCACAAGGAUGUCUGGCUUACGUACGCAUGUACGUAUGCAUAGUGGGCAACGACCUUAUAAAUGCGAGAACUGUACCUUGGCUUUCACAACUAACCGUGCCCUAAAAAUGCACAUGAGAAUACAUUCAGGAGAACGUCCUUACAAAUGCACCGAUUGUGAGAAAACAUUCACAAGAAAAGAUGAAUUACAAGCGCAUAUCUACCUUCAUAAAGGUGAGAAGCCGUACAAGUGUAACGUGUGUUCUUCAGCUUUUGUUCGCCAUGGUCAUCUUCAGAGACACAUGCUGACACACGCAGAAGAAAAACCAUACAAAUGCAAGACUUGUCCAAAAUCAUUCACGCAGUACCGAAACCUUCAAACACAUAUGUAUAAGCACACAGGUGAACGACCAUACAAAUGUCGAUAUUGUGGCAAGGGUUUCACCCAAUAUGGUACAGUACAAGCCCAUGAGCGAACGCAUACUGGUAAGAAACCUUAUCCAUGUAAACAGUGUGACAAAAGGUUCAUUACAUCGUCGCAUUUAAGAUGGCACAUCAAAAGACAUCAUGCUGAAGUGAAAGAAGAUCAAAAACAAUGAUGACGUUAUCCUGAAAAUAUGAUGUCCUGCCAGAUAUUUUGCAGAAAGACACCAAUUCUAUCACUUUGGGAUUUCGCGGAGAAAAAAUUGCGUUAUAUGUUUUGGUAAUGUUUACGACGAGAGAACUUGAAGAAAUAAUUGCAAAUAAGAAAAAAAUGCUAAUGGCAAACUUUAGCGCUAUUUCUUUAUCAUCUUGUAUAUAAUGUAUAUAUGUGUUUUUCUUUGGGAAAAAAAAUCUUUAACUAUA